GGAAGCUCACUACAGCAAGGGUAAAGACUUAAAAGCCACUUUUGCAAAACUAGACAUUAAGCAUGGGGGAUGCAGCGAUGGAGGAGUUUGGGGCAGCGGCCUCCUACCUGCGGAAAUCCGACAAGGAACGUCUGGAGGCACAAACUCGCCCCUUCGACAUGAAGAAGGAAUGUUUUGUGCCUGAUGCUGAAGUGGAGUAUGUCAAGGCCACCAUUACCAGCCGAGAUGGAGACAAAGUAACUGCUCAGACAGAGCAGGGGAAGACCGUCACUGUGAAGGAGGCUGAUGUCAAUCCUCAGAACCCGCCCAAGUUCGAUAAAAUCGAAGACAUGGCGAUGUUUACCUUCCUGCAUGAGCCCGCCGUGCUGUUUAACCUCAAAGAGCGUUACGCAGCCUGGAUGAUCUACACCUACUCUGGGCUCUUCUGUGUCACUGUCAACCCCUACAAGUGGCUGCCAGUCUAUGAUCCCGCUGUAGUGACUGCUUACAGAGGAAAGAAGAGAACUGAAGCUCCUCCUCACAUCUUCUCCAUCUCCGACAACGCUUAUCAGUACAUGCUGUCAGACAGAGAAAACCAGUCUAUCUUGAUCACUGGAGAAUCUGGUGCUGGAAAGACUGUGAACACCAAAAGGGUCAUUCAGUACUUUGCUAGCAUUGCUGCCGUGUCUGGGAAGAAGGAUGCAGCUCAAGAGAAAAAGGGGACCCUGGAGGAUCAAAUCAUCCAGGCCAACCCAGCCCUGGAGGCCUUUGGUAAUGCAAAGACCAUCAGGAAUGACAACUCCUCAAGAUUUGGCAAGUUCAUUAGAAUUCACUUUGCUGCCAGUGGAAAACUAGCAUCUGCUGAUAUUGAAACCUAUCUUCUUGAGAAGUCCCGUGUGACAUUUCAGCUCAAGGCUGAGAGAGACUAUCACAUCUUCUACCAGAUUCUUUCACAAAGGAAACCAGAAUUGCUGGAGAUGCUGCUCAUCACCAACAACCCCUACGACUAUGCCUACAUCUCCCAAGGAGAAACCACUGUAGCGUCUAUCGACGAUGCUGAAGAGCUGAUUGCGACUGACGAUGCCUUUGAUGUGCUGGGCUUCACUCAGGAAGAGAAGAAUGGCAUCUACAAGCUGAUUGGCGCCAUCAUGCACUAUGGCAACAUGAAGUUCAAGCAGAAACAGCGUGAGGAGCAGGCAGAAGCUGAUGGCACUGAGGAUGCUGACAAAUCAGCUUAUCUAAUGGGCCUGAACUCUGCUGACCUCAUCAAGGGCUUGUGUCACCCAAGGGUCAAAGUAGGAAAUGAGUGGGUCACCAAAGGACAAAAUGUCCAGCAGGUGUACUAUGCCAUUGGUGCUUUGUCAAAAUCAGUAUAUGAGAAGAUGUUCUUGUGGAUGGUGGUGAGAAUUAACCAAUCACUGGACACCAAACAGCCUCGCCAGUACUUCAUUGGUGUGCUGGAUAUUGCUGGUUUUGAGAUCUUUGACUUCAACACUUUUGAGCAGCUGUGCAUUAACUUCACUAAUGAGAAGUUGCAGCAGUUCUUCAACCACCACAUGUUCGUCCUGGAGCAGGAAGAGUAUAAGAAAGAGGGCAUUGACUGGGAGUUCAUUGACUUUGGCAUGGACUUGCAGGCUUGCAUUGAUCUCAUCGAAAAGCCCAUGGGCAUCAUGUCCAUCCUCGAAGAGGAGUGCAUGUUUCCCAAGGCCAGCGAUGCCUCCUUCAAAGCAAAGCUGUACGACAACCAUCUGGGAAAAUCUGCCAACUUCCAGAAGCCCAGGAUUGUUAAAGGGAAACCAGAGGCCCAUUUUGCCCUGGGUCACUAUGCUGGCACUGUUGAUUACAACAUUACCAACUGGCUGGUGAAGAACAAGGACCCUCUGAAUGAGACUGUGGUGGGAUUGUACCAGAAAUCAUCGCUCAAGUUGCUGGCUAUGCUGUUUGCCAACUAUGCAGGGGCAGAUUCAGCACAAGAAUCUGGAGGAAAAGGUAAAGGAGGAGGAAAGAAGAAGGGAUCCUCCUUCCAGACUGUGUCGGCUCUGCACAGGGAGAACCUGAACAAGCUGAUGACAAACCUGAGGUCAACCCACCCUCACUUUGUGCGCUGCAUCAUCCCCAAUGAGACCAAGACUCCCGGGGCCAUGGAGAACCCUCUGGUGAUGCACCAGCUACGCUGUAACGGUGUGCUGGAAGGCAUCAGGAUCUGCCGAAAGGGCUUCCCAAAUAGGAUCCUCUACGGAGACUUCAAACAGAGAUACCGGAUCCUCAACCCUGCAGCCAUCCCAGAGGGGCAGUUCAUUGACAGCAAAAAGGGGGCAGAAAAACUGUUGGGCUCUUUGGAUAUUGACCAUCAGCAGUACAGAUUUGGACACACCAAGGUUUUUUUCAAGGCCGGUUUAUUAGGUCAGCUUGAAGAGAUGAGGGAUGACCGUUUGGCACUGAUAUUGACAGGCAUCCAGGCUAGAGCACGCGGCCUUCUCGCAAGGGUUGAGUUCCAAAAAAUUGUUGAGCGAAGGGAUUCCUUGCUUGUGAUCCAGUGGAAUAUCCGGGCCUUCAUGGGUGUGAAAAACUGGCCCUGGAUGAAGCUCUACUUCAAAAUCAAACCUCUGCUUAAAUCCGCUGAGACUGAAAAGGAGAUGGCCAAUAUGAAGGAGGAGUUCCUGAAACUGAAAGAGGCGUAUGCAAAGUCAGAGGCCCGCAGGAAGGAGCUAGAAGAGAAGAUGGUCUCUCUUCUCCAAGAGAAGAAUGACCUGCAGUUACAAGUCCAGACUGAGCAAGAUAACCUCUCUGAUGCUGAAGAAAGAUGUGAAGGACUGAUAAAAAACAAGAUUCAGCUGGAGGCCAAAGUCAAGGAGAUGACCGAGCGACUGGAGGAUGAGGAGGAGAUGAAUUCAGAGCUGACUGCUAAGAAGAGGAAGCUGGAGGAUGAGUGUUCUGAGCUUAAGAAGGACAUUGAUGAUCUGGAGCUCACUCUGGCCAAAGUGGAGAAGGAGAAGCAUGCAACUGAGAACAAGGUGAAGAACCUGACUGAGGAAAUGGCAGCUCUGGAUGAAAUUAUUGCCAAGCUGACAAAGGAGAAGAAAGCUCUACAAGAGGCUCACCAGCAAACGCUGGAUGACCUGCAGAGUGAGGAGGACAAAGUCAACACACUGACCAAGGCCAAGGCUAAACUGGAGCAGCAAGUCGAUGAUCUUGAAGGUUCUCUCGAACAAGAAAAGAAGGUUCGAAUGGAUCUUGAGAGAGCCAAAAGGAAGCUAGAGGGUGAUCUGAAGCUGACUCAGGAAAAUGUGAUGGACUUGGAGAAUGACAAGCAGCAGCUUGAAGAGAGGCUAAAGAAGAAAGAUUUUGAGAUAAGUCAACUCAACAGUAAAAUUGAAGAUGAGCAGUCAGUAGGUGCACAACUCCAGAAGAAGCUGAAAGAACUGCAGGCUCGCAUUGAGGAGCUAGAGGAGGAGCUGGAAGCAGAGCGAGCUGCCCGUGCCAAGGUGGAGAAGCAGAGAGCAGACCUGUCCAGGGAGCUGGAGGAGAUCAGCGAGAGGCUGGAGGAAGCUGGUGGAGCCACUUCUGCCCAGAUCGAGAUGAACAAGAAGAGGGAGGCAGAGUUUCAGAAACUGCGCAGAGACCUAGAAGAGGCCACACUGCAGCACGAAGCCACGGCAGCCACACUGAGGAAGAAACACGCCGACAGUGUGGCUGACCUGGGCGAGCAGAUUGACAACCUGCAGAGAGUGAAGCAGAAGCUGGAGAAGGAGAAGAGCGAGUUACGGCUGGAGCUGGAUGAUGUCGUCUCCAACAUGGAACAGACUGUGAAGGCUAAGACAAAUUUGGAGAAAAUGUGUCGAACCCUGGAAGACCAGAUGAGUGAAUACAGAACGAAAGCAGAAGAAAGUCAACGUAGCAUCAAUGAUUUCACCAUGCAAAAGGCUAAGCUUCAGACCGAAAAUGGAGAACUUGCUAGGCAGCUAGAGGAGAAGGAUGCACUCGUCUCCCAGUUAACCAGAGGAAAACAGUCCUAUACUCAACAGAUUGAGGACCUCAAAAGACAACUGGAAGAAGAAGUCAAGGCUAAGAAUGCACUGGCCCACGCGGUACAGUCUGCUCGCCACGACUCAGACCUGCUGAGGGAGCAGUAUGAGGAGGAGCAGGAGGCCAAGGGGGAGCUGCAGCGUAGUCUCUCCAAGGCCAACACUGAGGUGGCUCAGUGGAGGACAAAAUAUGAGACUGAUGCCAUACAGAGGACCGAGGAGCUGGAAGAAGCCAAGAAGAAACUGGCUCAGCGUCUGCAAGAUGCAGAAGAGGCUGUGGAAGCUGUUAAUGCUAAAUGCUCCUCGCUGGAAAAGACCAAGCACAGGCUGCAGAAUGAGAUUGAAGAUCUCAUGGUGGAUGUAGAACGAUCCAACGCAGCUGCUGCCGCUCUGGACAAGAAGCAAAGAAACUUUGACAAGGUCCUAGCUGAGUGGAAGCAGAAGUAUGAGGAGUCUCAGAGUGAGCUGGAGAGCUCCCAGAAGGAGGCCAGGUCUCUGAGCACUGAGCUGUUCAAGCUAAAGAACUCUUAUGAAGAAUCCCUGGAUCAUCUGGAGACGAUGAAGAGAGAGAAUAAGAACCUGCAAGAGGAAAUCUCUGAUCUGACUGAGCAACUUGGUGAGAGCGGAAAGAGUAUCCAUGAACUGGAGAAGAUCCGUAAACAACUGGAACAGGAGAAGGCUGAGAUACAGGCUGCCCUGGAAGAAGCAGAGGCUUCUCUAGAGCACGAAGAGGGAAAGAUCCUGCGAGCCCAGCUUGAGUUCAGUCAAGUAAAGGCUGAUAUUGAACGCAAGCUGGCUGAGAAGGAUGAGGAGAUGGAACAGGCCAAGAGGAACCAACAGAGGGUGGUAGAUACCCUGCAGAGCUCCCUGGAGGCAGAAACCAGGAGCCGGAAUGAAGCCCUUAGGCUGAAGAAGAAGAUGGAGGGUGACCUCAAUGAGAUGGAGAUCCAGCUCAGCCAGGCCAACAGACAGGCAGCUGAGGCUCAGAAGCAACUGAAGAGUCUCCAUGCACAUAUGAAGGAUGCUCAACUGCAACUGGAUGACUCCCUACGAGCAAAUGAUGACCUGAAAGAGAACAUCGCCAUCGUAGAGAGACGUAACAACCUUCUGCAGGCAGAGCUGGAGGAGCUGAGGUCCAUGGUGGAGCAGACAGAGAGGGGUCGCAAGCUGGCUGAACAGGAGCUUCUGGAUGUCAGCGAGAGGGUGCAGCUCCUGCACUCCCAGAACACCAGCCUGCUCAACCAGAAGAAGAAGCUGGAGGCCGAUACAUCCCAGCUUCAGACUGAGGUGGAGGAGGCUGUGCAGGAGUGUAGGAAUGCUGAGGAGAAAGCCAAGAAAGCCAUCACUGAUGCUGCCAUGAUGGCGGAGGAGCUGAAGAAGGAGCAGGACACCAGCGCUCACCUGGAGCGCAUGAAGAAAAACAUGGAGCAGACGAUCAAAGACCUGCAGCACCGGCUGGAUGAAGCCGAGCAGAUUGCAAUGAAGGGGGGCAAGAAGCAGGUGCAGAAGCUGGAGGCUCGUGUGAGAGAGCUUGAAAAUGAACUGGAAAUUGAGCAAAGGAAAAGCAGUGAUUCUAUAAAGGGAAUCCGCAAAUAUGAGAGACGCAUCAAGGAACUCACCUAUCAGACUGAAGAGGACCGAAAGAAUCUGGCCCGUCUGCAAGAUCUGGUGGACAAACUGCAGCUGAAGGUGAAAUCGUACAAGCGGACUGCAGAGGAAGCUGAGGAACAAGCUAACACCAACCUAGGCAAGUUCCGCAAGCUGCAGCACGAGCUGGACGAGGCCGAGGAGAGAGCCGACAUCGCCGAGUCGCAGGUCAACAAGCUGCGCGCCAAGAGUCGCGACGUCAGCUCCAAGAAAGGCCAUGAUGAAGAGUAAAGCUCUCGGAUGGCGCCUCCUGAGAACCUGCAUGCCGUGUGCUAGUCCCCCCCCCCCCCACGUUGUAUCUUUGUAGAAUAAAACGUUUUUGCAACUGACACAAA